ACGGUCGCCUCGCGUCCGAAGGCCCGAUUCAUACUCUGGAAAAGACGAGAAUUGUCGAAAGACUGACGCAAAUAUAAUUUGCGAAAUAAUUGAGUUUUUACCCAGGAAUAAAACUCGCGCGGUUAUCGAUUGGAAUACUCAAAUUAUAUUUCUAUAAUUUACUUUUUCGACUAAUACCGUGUUUUGAUUGUUCAUUUAUUUUAUCACUUCACAUCUUACAAAAAUUAAUACAAACGAGACGAUGAUUUUUAGUCGAACUUCUCAUCUCGAGAUGAAAGAGAAACUUUUUCCAUGAUACGAUCGUCGGUUUUUUUGUAACAACGGUUUAUCGUUGAAGUAUUUUUAAAUCGUUAUGCAGUGCUAUCCUCGUUGUUGUUGUUGUUAUAAUAAUUAUUAUUAUUAUUACUAUCGUCGUCAUUGUCGGUCGAACCGAUCAAACGAACGACGAAAUCAAAUUUCAAGAAACUUUUUUUGAAACUUUUACUUUUAAUUUAUUCUUCGUUAUCCUUGGUUGGUGAUUUCUCUCUCGUUCAUUCGUCAUCUUCAUUUCUCUCUCUCUCUCUCUCUCUCUCUUGCUCUUUGAUUUCAAUGUUCUUCGCGACUGUCUAUAAAUGAUGUGAGAUCCUUUGGAAUACGGGAAUACAAAAAAGGUACGAAGAAAAAAAAAUGAUCUCCAAGAUUGAUCCAACGAGAGAUAAUUUUUCAACUCCCAAUAAAUAACCAAGUUUACGCGUAAUAUGAAAAUCGUGAUGAAUGCACAGUUCAUCCUCGUGAUAUGAUAUUUCAUCAUGUAUUUAUAAAAAAUAUAUAAUAUACAUAAUAUAUAUAUAUAUACCGAAGUAAAUAAAUUGUUUAAGAUGAGAUAACCCUACGGUAUCGAGUUGCGCAAGCAGAUGCAGUAAAUAUAACCGAGGGUACGAUGCGUAAUAUGAAAAUUUUUAACGCAGCUCAGGAACGAUAAACACAGUUUCAAGAACAAAGAUGAGAAAAACAAUGAUCAAUAAAGCGUAGCUGUUAGCUAUACGGAAUGAUAGCGAUAGCGAAACAAGGACGAGAAAAAGAAACGAAAAAUCUAACGUCGUAGCAUUAUAUAAAUGCGUCGUUGAAACUACGAUCGCAGAUCCAUGGAUUUGAAUAUCGGCAUUGAGCGCUGAUAGAUCGUCGACGAAAAUUCUCGAGGGUUAAAGAAAAUACAAAACUAAAACGAGGAUAAAUUCUUUUUAAAUAUCGUGAAUGAAGAUCAGAGAAGAUAAUAGUCAAAACGUGUGAAAGUGAACGUAGUGAAGGAAACGGAGGUGGUGGAAAUUUAUAAAAUAAUCACAAAUGCAAUUAAUACAUGGACGGGCAUUAUUAGAAAUACAAAAAAAAGAAAAUUAAUUAGUCCCGAGUAUAAUAUAAUCACUUCUAAUAUCGUACGAAAAUGUUACAUCUGCGGUGCAGGCGGUUUUUCUGUCUCCUCAGCGUUUUUGCCAGCGUUAUUAUCGAGUCCCAAGCCAGCUGGGAAGAAUGGUGGACCUACGACGGAAUAUCAGGUCCGUCGUUCUGGGGCCUGAUAAACCCGCAAUGGUCGCUGUGCAGCAAAGGGCGAAGGCAGAGCCCGAUAAACGUGGAGCCGGACAAAUUGCUGUUCGACCCUCACCUGCGUCCGUUGCACGUUGACAAGCACAAGGUUUCCGGUCACCUGCACAACACGGGUCAGUCGCUGGUGUUCAGAGCCGACCGUGAGGCGAAGGUCCGAGUUAACAUAACGGGGGGACCGCUGGCGUAUCAUUAUCAAUUCGAGGAGAUUUAUAUUCACUACGCACUCGACAAUAACCACGGCUCCGAGCAUCGCGUCAACAACUACGCUUUUCCUGCCGAGAUCCAAAUCUACGGCUUCAACGCUGAGCUUUAUCACAACAUGAGCGAGGCGCAGCACAAAAGCCAGGGACUGGUUGCGGUUUCUCUGAUGGUCCAGUUGGGCGACACUCCGAAUCCAGAAUUAAGGAUCCUGACCAGCACAUUCAACAAGGUUCUGUACAAAGGCGACAAGGCGCAGGUCAGGCACUUGUCGGUGAAGGAAUUGCUGCCGAAAACGAACGGCUAUAUGACGUACGAAGGAAGCACAACGCAUCCCGGAUGUUGGGAAACCACGGUCUGGCUAAUUCUCAACAAGCCGAUAUACAUAACGGCGCAGGAGCUCUACGUGCUGAGGAAGCUCAUGCAGGGACCCGACGGCACCCCGAAAGCUCCCCUGGGGAACAACGCGAGGCCUUUGCAGGGACUCCACCAUCGCACCAUCAGGACGAACAUCGACUUUCGCAGGCGCCCGGACGCAAAAUGCCCGUCGAUGGCCAAGGACAUGCAUUACACAGACGAAUUUUUCUUUCCAGCUAACAAGUGGCAGGACGAUGGAUCCUUAUCGCACAACGUCGUGUAACGACAGUAAUUUUAUAUACGUAUAGAUAUACUACGAUAUCGUAACGAUGAUUAUAAUAACGAUUAUCCGAUAAUCCGAUAAUGAUGGUGUUGACUGCAAUUUGUGACGCGCGAUGCGUGUACACUGUACGUUAUAUGCAAAUGUCGCGCUAUUUCUUUUUUUUCUCUCUUAUUACAUGAUUUCUUUAUUCUUACCUUAAUUUAAUUAAUUUCCUUUCUUUCCUUCGCAUUUCUUUCUGUGAAAAACUUCUAUUUCUCACGGAUCGUGACGAUGGUACAAAACUGUCUUUAGGGAAAAAGGAAGGUCGCGAGAGAUGGAAAAAGAAAAGAAAAACGUGAACGACAGAGACAACAAACGGAGAGACACGAUAAGAUAAUCGGGCCUUCGCGUACACUGCAAGUUAAAACUGAUUACUAUAUACAAAAGUAUAAUUUAUUGUUUAUACUGUAAUAUGUAGAUAUACAUAAUAUAUACUUAUACAUUGUACACAUAUUAUACUGGUAUAUAGUAUGAAAGAGGGAUGAAAAGUGGGCGUAGGGGGAAUGGUACAUAAAUGACAAAUUUUUUCGACACACAAUAAUACCUAGUAAUAAUAACAAUAAUAAUAAUAAUGAUAAUAAUAAUAUUAAUAAUAGUAAUAAUAGUAAUAACGAUAAAUUAACUAACAAUCGAGAGAGAGCUUUACAUGUUCGGCGAUGGGAGAGCGAAUGAAUGAUGAAAAACAUGUUAGCAUUAUUCUCGUAAUUUGCGCAGGAUAUUUCGUUGAUCUAUUUUCAUGUCGAAUUUUUUCCAAACAAGUGACUUAUGCGUAAUUACGUGCAGCCGUAAACUAAUGUUCUUAUUUGCGCGACUUUAUUUCGCUUCCUCAUUUCUUAGACCGUCGAUUGAUACUUUCGGUUCUUUUUUUCUUCGUCAAUUUCGCAUCGUUCUUCGAUCGUGUCGUGUAUAAUAGUUAUACGUAAAACAUACGACAACAAUACAUAUUGUAAUAAAUUCGAUAAUGAUGAUGAUGAUGAUACAGACACACACACACAGACACGCGUAUAAAUAUAGGGUAUAUAAAUAAACAUAUGCAAAUAUAUUAUAUUAUAUACAUAAAGUAUGAUUACCAAUGACGUGUUUUCUGUCAAUUACUUUUGUAGCCAAAAAAAAAAGGAAAACAAAAAAAUAAAAAUAUUGGACUAGCGAAAAUGCGGGGGAAAAAAUUGAAAAAUUAACAAUUUACGUAAUGUGCGUAAAAAAGGAAAAUAUGUAUAUCGACGCCUCGCGAGGAGAACGCAUGUAUAAUUCUAUCUAAGCAUAUAGGUAUAAUUAUAAAAACGAAGAUAGAGAUUCGGAUCAGCAAACUAAAGCUGUGUAUCGAAGAAUGCGGGAGAAAUUUAUCAUCAACGAUGUAAUAAUAUAGUGAUAAUGCGGAGGAAGCUCGGGUGAAACGGGGGCUCCGGCAUAGUUACACUGUAUGCAUGCCAUAUAAUAUUAUAAGCGUCGAGGAUUAAAAUGCUUUUGUAAAUACGUACGCGCUUGGGUGUAUGCAUGAUAUAUGUAUGGGUUUAGUACACUUGUAUAUUGCCCACGCGGGUAUGUGGCGUAACGGAAGAUUUGUAUAGAGAAAAUUGUAUAAAAUGAAACUCUGAUAUGGAAUUGGGAAGAGGGAUGCCUUCGCGGAAAAGAUCCUCGACUCGGGUGUCAAUUCGGACCCUAAACUUUUUUCUUAUGGGAAUUUAGCGUUAUCUAUAAGUUGGGGGGGUACGAAUUUACCACCAAGUGGCAAGUUUUUUCCGUGAGGGUGCGAAAAAUGCCGAAGUAGAAGGAGAAGCGGAAAGAG